UACCUACAGAGAACACGCCCCUAAUGCGCCCAUAGGCGAGGAUCACCGAGCGAAAUUGCCUGUUUUAGAUGCCCAGACUGUGGCGUACUCCAGGCCAUGGCGGUAUUGGCUCAGCUCGCGCAGUUCGAUACGUGGCAUCUGAGGGAUCUCGGGCUUCCCCAACUCCGUCUGACCGUCUCUGGCCUAGAAAGGUCUCCGGAGGCGCCUCGCGUAUGACACAUACCCCUCCCCAUGCGCUGCAACCGGUGGGCAGAUAUAAUUCGCUAUCGGUAUCCAACUCGCCUCGCUCUGGAGAGAUCGAAUCCCUAGGCAUAUGCCACCUGACGCACGGAUAGCCCUCGAGAUAGCCGGACGAAGCCCAGGUCGACAUCAUGCCCUCCACCGACGCUACCUCGAACCGAACCGCCCAGCCGGGGCCAGAGCCGUCCCCGCAGGUUUCGAAUCUUCGCGAUACCACUACGUACCUGACAGGGCACAAUGACGAGGGAUCGGCAGUUGUCCGCUCGGAACGACAGGCUAAAUGGACAGCACUCGAUGGCGGGAAGAUGGGUUUCAACCAGAUCUAUACCAACACGUUUCUGGCCGACCUCAACGACGAUGCCGAUAUCAAGUUCCACGACGAGAAGGUUGCGAGUGGGAAACUCGGACUGGCCAGCAAGGGCGCGGCUGUGUGUCGCAUGGUCGACUUCGGCCCGCUAUACCAAUGCGUGAUGCACCGAACCAAGUCUCUCGACUUCGGCAUCCUCAUCGAGGGGGAAAUCGAAAUGGUGCUGGACGACGGCAGCGUCACCCGGUUGAAGCGCGGCGACAUAGCCGUCCAGCGAGCGACCAUGCACUCCUGGCGCAACCCGAGCCCGACGGAGUGGGCACGUAUGGUAUUUGUGCUGCAGGACGCGAAGCCCGUAUUCGUCAACGGGGAGAAGCUCGACGAGGACUACGGGGCGGGCACGGAGGGAAUGUUGCCGAGUGGGAAUGAAGAUGAUUGACUGAAUGGCCCUACGACGUGACUAGGAGUACACUAUAGUCUGAAUGCUGCCAGUCUCGUCGAUAGCAUCUACCGUACCCGUUUACCUCGAAAGAACCCCUUCACCUCGGAAGACACCUCGCCUUCUAGCCGGCUGAC